CUCGUUCUUUAGACUGAAUGCGCCAUAGUUUAGACGUAAGAGGCGGCAUUUAACUGCUACAAUCUUGAUUUAUUUGCUUGGGAAGGCUUUGACGGCUAUUGCAGAAUAACAGAUUCUUUACAGGAAUAGUGAACAAGCAUAGACUGAAUGCGCCAUAGUUUAGACGUAAGAGGCGGCAUUUAACUGCUACAAUCUUGAUUUAUUUGCUUGGGAAGGCUUUGACGGCUAUUGCAGAAUAACAGAUUCUUUACAGGAAUAGUGAACAAGCAUAGAUCAUGGCACUACAAGCUUCACCUUUAACGAAGAAACUUCGUGAUUUUUCUGUAAAAUAUGUGAAGAUUUCUGAAGAAACCUCUACUCGUGCCAGAACGUUGGUCAAAGAAUACAUUGAAGAUCAGAUCAUCGCGUACAUUCAAGAGAAUUCCGAGAUCAAGAUUCUAAAACUAGAGUAUACCGGCAGCUUUUACGAAGGUUUGAAGACUGAAGCUGCUGACGAGGCCGAUAUCAUGGUUAUUCUGAAAACAUCAAGUUCAGGGAUCGAGGUUAUCCCAUCCCGAGUGCCCGGGUACGUCCGUCUUAGAGCAAGAAACGCCCCGAUGUUCAGCAAGUAUACGAGUGAAGGUUCCAUUGAUGCUGAGAGCCUUCGAGAUAGUUGGUUCCACAGCCUUGUUUGCCUGGCAGUGAAUAAAAUCAAACCUAAACCACCGUACUCUGGGGUUCGUCUGGUUGUGCGAAGCCACGGACCAGCCGUCCAGGUGGACAUAAUAAGGAAUGGUUCUAAAGAAAAGCUGUUGUCAGUUGAUCUCGUCCCCAGCUUCCAAGUCGGCGAUAGCUGGUACGUGCCAAAGCCUUUUAAAGGAAACCGAUAUGCGUUAAAGAAUGGGCUUCUCUGGAGAAAGACAUUUUCACCAAAGGAGAAACGACUGCUGGCGUCGAUGGACAGUGAAGACCAUGGUUGUAGGCACGAACUCUUACGAAUCGUGAAGACCAUAAUCAAGAGGCCUGUGACAGCUCUACCACUGGAUUCAUACCACUUGAAGACCGCCUUUAUGCACUACAUCAAGAAGGGAGGUCUGAACUGGAUCAGCAGAGACGCGCUGGCGACACAUUUCCUCGGAUUUCUGGCAGAAUUACAGAUUCAUAUGGCUAGCAGAAAUCUUCCCCACUGUUGGUUGCAUGGGGUAAACGUUCUAGAUGAUUUUAAGGUAGAGGUAAUGAAGCAAAUGGAAAAUCGUUUAAGAAGCAUCCUGAACAGCGAAGUAAAGCUGAACAAGAUACUCGAAUAGCGCUCAGCACUCUGUCAUCUCGUACUAUGAAUGCUAUCUAUCAAGUUAUUGAGCUUUCGAUGAUCGUUUUAGGAAAAGGGCUUAAUUGUGUAGAAGCUUGUUUUCAAGGUGUGCAGUCAUUUUAAACCUAUUAACUGAUAAUUAUAUUUGAUUUAAUUCUUUACUUUACGUUAUAAUAAUGCAGUAAUUAGAGUAGGCAGCAUCCGUUAGAAAUGCAAAGUAUGGCAAAUGGUCAAAUAUUUUAAAUAACGUUGCCUGAUUAGUAACUGAUAAUAAGCAACCGAAAUUAAUUUGUUGUAUCUGUAGUAACGUGACGUAAUCAUUAGUUUGUGAGUACUGCGGAGUAAAAUUGUAAGGUAACGUAGUUAAUAGAUUGUUUUAGUAUUGUAUUUUCCACUUUGUAGAUGUUGUUUCUGGAAUUAAAAAAAACAAAA